AUGGAAAAUUAUUACAAAAAAUUGAAUGUUUUGAACUAUGCUAAUUUGAAUAUUAAAGAGAAUCAAUUCUCUCAGUGUGAUAAAAAUCAAAUAAUGGACAUUAUAUUUUCUAGAGUUCCUUUAUAAAUUUGUACCAUUGAAAAUGGAACUUUAAUACCUUUAAAUGAUGGUUUUAGAUAACUGUCACUCAAUUAGAAGAGUAUAAGUAUAGAUUGUAAGGUCAAAAAAUUACAUCUUGGAUUUUUAGAGGAUUAUUUGUUAGCAGAAGAAAAGAAAAUUUUUGUUGUGGGAAUUAUUGGUAGGUAGUCAUCAGGCAAAAGUUACUUAUUAAAUAGAGUAUUUGGAACAAGGUUUUCUGUUUCAUCAGCCAGAUGCACUGAUGGAGUCUGGGGAAGUUUAGCAAUGGUGAAUAAUUAAAAGUUUUUAAUACUUGACUGUGAAGGCUUAUUUAAUGGAUCGAGAACUGAAAAAGAAGAGGUUAAAAUGCUCGCGUUUAUAACUGCAAUUAGUGAUAUUACUAUUUUAAAUUAAGAUGCUUCAUUUAGUCGACAUUAAAAUGAACUCCUCAAUAAUUUAGUGGAAGCAUCGAAUUAGCUAAAUGAUGAAAAAUUAUUUCAGGGUUUUCUAUAUAUGAUCAUUAGAGAUGUCAGUUCUACUGACAAUUUAGGAUUAGAGAAGGAAUAAAUGAGAAAUUUAGACAGACUAAGAAAACCUAACUCAUAAGAUAUUGUAUUUUUGAAUAAAUUGUUUAAAAACACGCUUUCGGUAGAAAAAUUAGUUAAUAAUGAAAACUCUGAAUUUUUUGAUGAAUAAAUAAAGCAAGUAAGAAACUUUCUUAUAUAAAAAUCUACCGAAAGUAUUCGAUGGAAAAAUGGUAAGGAAUUAAUAUAAAUGGUAAAAAUCGUACUUUGUUAACUUGAAUUGUCAGAUACAAAAAAUGCAGGUUUAAUAGCUUAUGAAAUCCGUUUGGAAUAAAUUUAUUAAGAAAGCAAAGAACAGUGGUAUAAAUUUUCUUUAGAUUAAUAAUAAUAAGGCGAAGAAUUAAAGUUAAAUUAGAGAUCAUAUUAAUUUGAAAUGGAUGAUUUAGAGUACCUUAAAUAAAACCAUACACUUUUGAAAUCAUUAUAUAACGAUCUUUAAUUAAAGGAUAAUGUCAAUGAUCAUAAAUCAAACUUAGAAGAAGCUAAAAAUUAGUUAAAAAAAUUGAUGGACUAAAGGAAGAAACUUAUUAAUAAAAAGACUUAAUCUGAAUUAGCAAAUAUCAAUAGCAGGGAAGUUUAGGCUAAAAUUGAAUUAGAAAAUUCUAAACUUGAAGACUUUUUUAAAAUUUAAUUUAAUCGAUAUUAGUAUUGUUAAAGCAAAUGCAAUGAAUGUUUUUUAACUUGCAAAUACUUCAAUAAUCACAGUGAGCAUUUUGACUAAUUAAAAAAAAAAUUUGAAAUUGAAAUUACAAGAUUAGAGCAAGAAAAGAACAAUUCUUCAAUAAAAAAUUAAAUAGAGGAAAUUAAGGAAAGAAAUAGUUUAAUUUCUAUUACGCAAAGUAUUGAAGAAAUUGAAAACAAAUUAUUUUUAUUAUCGAACUUAAUUCAAUUAUCUACAAAGCACGAGGAAAAAUAAGAUUAAAUGAAUAAAGUUUAAAAGUUCAAUUUCUUCAGAGCUUAAAGAGUUUAACAAAAUGGCAGUAAAAUGGAAAUAGAAAAUUAAAAUAUGUAAAUUACAUUUGAUAUUAAUUUUAUAAGUUAAAAGUAAAAGAACACUAAAAAUGAGUUGUAAAACUAACUUGGUAAACUGAAUAAAAUUAUCAAUGAGAAAGAAGAGAUUGAGAUGAAAUGCUUAGAACUUGAAAACUAAUGUAAUUAGAUUGGCUUGAAAACAGAAAGAUACCAAGUUGAAAUUUGUCAAUAUUAAUAAGUUAGCAAAUAAUUACUUUCUGAAAUAACAAUAAUCGAAAAUGAAAUCCGAUCAUUGGGAGUCGAUGUGAAUGAGGAUGAAAAAAAUCAACAUAGUAAUAAAAUAAGAGAUCGAAAUCAAAAAUUAAGUGAUCUUAGAGAUGAACUCAAAUUUUUGUAAUAAAGUUACAAUGAAAAUUUAAGAUUAAAAGAGUAAUAUACCAACAUGGCGACACAAGAAUUUUUGUAAUUGUAUUAAUAAAAAUCAGAUAAAAAAAAAGAGCUAGAAGCUAAACUCACUUAAACUAUUAAUAAGAAAAUUGAUUUAAACAAAAAUAAAGCAUAAAUUUAUUAGAUGAAUGAAGAACUAACAGAAUUAUCACAAUUCAAAUAUAAAAACAAAAGUAAGAUCGAAAAUAUUAAAUAAGAAUUAUCAUAGCCUAAGUUCCAAAAUAUUGAGAAUUAAAUUGAAUAAUGCUGUAAUGAAGAAUCUUAAUUAAAGGAAUAAAUUGAUUCUAUGUAUUUUUCCAAAAUUGAUUUUUUUGACCUUUGUUUGGUGGAAUAAGGUAGAUAGAAUUAAUAGAUCGAUUAGACCAACAUCAAACAGGAAUUCUUAUUAAAGAUACAAUUAGAAACUACUGAGUAAGAGAAUGAUAUAAUAAGAUUUUUGCAAGAAAUUGAGAUUGUAAAUUAAGAAAUAUUAUAAUCUCAACUAGUUGUUGAUAGGUAAAACAAACUUAUUAAUUUGCUGAAUGAAAAGUAAAUCAAAAACGGAAAAAAAGAUGAAUUGGGUAAGUAAAUCAUUGAUGUAACUGAAAAAUAUAAUACACUAUUAGAAACAUUAGAAAAGAAAAAAUAAGAAUUAAAUAUUUUGAAACAAUAUGAAACAGAUUUUAUUAAUUAAUAAUAAUUAAUAGAAUAAUCAAUUGAAUAAGCUAAAAUAGAUUUGAAUGAUUUGAAAAUUUUGGAGGAGAAAUUAAUUAAAAUAUAAACUCUUGAAAUAGAAAUAUAGAAAUUUGAAACCUUACUUAAGGAUUGGAAAGGGAAGGAAUAUUAUGCAAAUUUAACACUUAAGAACUUAGAACAGGAAUAUUAAAUAAUGGAAAAAAAAAUGUUAGACCUCUAGAUUUAAUAGCAAAACAAAAAGAAAAAUUUAGAAAUUUUCGAGAAGGUAGAAAGAAGUUGUGCAAGAUUAGAAACUUUAAAACAAAAUUUGCAAGAAUUAGCAGAUUUAAAUCUGAAUGUUCAUUCUUGUUUAAGAGAAAACCACAAAUGCGAUUAAGCUUGCAAAGUAUGUCCGAGUAAAACAUGCGACAAUAAGGCUGGUCAUAAUGAGCAAUAGUAUCAUUUGUGUUCCUUGAAAAAUCAUAAAUGCAAUAUUAAAUGCGAUAUAAUUUAAUGUUAGGUCAAAUGCAAUCUAGAAUUAAACCAUGCUGGAUUACAUAAUUGCACUAAUGAUCAUCUAUGUGCAGAAAAAUGUUAGUAUUGUAGUAAGAAAUGCAGUGUAGAUAGGACAACAGAACAUUAAAACCAUAUAUGUGAAGAAAUCUAUUGUAAGGAGAAUUGCAUGUUAUGUGAAAGGCGAUGUAAAAAAGCACAUGAACAUUCUUAAUAUUGUAAUUCUUAAUGUGAAAAGCAACAUACACAUUCCUAAGAGUAAUAAAAUCAUUUUUGUGGAGAUUAGCAUGAGUGUAGGGAAUUAUGUCAAGAGAAAGGAAUAUGCUAAAUAACAUAUACUUAAGUUGAAAUUAUGUGGUAAUCUAGAUUCCCAUAUAUAAAAUAUAUUCCUUAAAGUAAUCAAAAAAAGAAAUGUUGCAAAAGCAUUAAACCAGAUCAACUUAAUCAUGAUUAAAUCCACAGUUGCAUGGUAGAAACAGAAAAAUAAUUUCAUUUAUGCGAUUAAAAAUGUCCUGAAUGUAAUAAAAUUUGUGAUUUGAAAUAUGGCCAUCCCGGUCAUCAUUCUUCCCAAAUCCACAUAAAUAAAGAAAAUUAAAUAUUUACAGCAAAAUAGGGGGAGGAAUUUAACUUAAUCAUAUAGGAUUAGGAUAAUAAUGUUGUGAGGCAGUAUUAAAUUGGAGAGUAAUCAACGCCAGAAACCUGUGAUCAGAGUUGUAAGAGAAGAGGAAAAAGUCACUAUCAUUUGAUUGAAUGCAAAGGGGAAAGUUAAUGUUUAGAAAAGUAAUAUGGUAUUAGAGCUAAACAUUCUAAGGAGAAAUAUGAAGGAUUUUAAAAUCUGAAUUUUGAUGAAGUAUUAUGCAUAGACUAUUGGGAUUAUAAAGGAUGGGCUCAUCCAAUCCCAAAUGAAACAUAAAAUAUAGGCCAAUGUAAUUAUUACUGCCCACUAUGUAAAAAAAUAAAUGGAGAAUAUCAAUUUUGUUGCCUAAAAGCCUGGCAUUGUUAAGAUAACACGGUUAGCAAACAUAAAUUUCCGUGUUCAUCAACUCACAAAGGAAAUUUGAUACAAGGGAUUAACAUAGCGUUUGUUAUUGAUUCGACAGGAUCAAUGUCAGAAUAUAUUUAAAACUGUAAAGAAGUCAUCAUUAGUAUAAUGUAAAAAAUAAAGUAAAAUAAUAAGAUUGAGAUGAAAUUUGCAAUUGUAUCAUAUAAAGAUCAUUCAAAUCCUUAUGAUGAGUUUUAGAAUGUUGUCAAUAUUUGUUAAUUUACUUCAUAUACUGUUGCUAUAGGUUUUUUAAAUUCAUUGUCAGCCGAAGGAGGUGAUGAUGAACCUGAGGCUGUUUUAGAUGGUCUGCAUGCUUCUUCAGAGUUGAAUUGGAAUGACAAUUAUUAAAAUUUGUUAUACUUAAUUGCUGAUGCACCUCCACAUGGAAAAAAAUAUCAUAACUUCGGAGAUUCGUUUCCAAAUGGCUGCCCUUGUAAUAAAACAUAAAGCCAAAUCUUCUAGAAUAUGAGAAAUAAAAAGAUUUAAGUUAAAAUUAUGAAAUUAAAUCAAAAAAUUGAAGGAAUGAUUACUUAAUUUAAAGAAGAUUACCCUGAUUUAAUGGUAAUUACACCUUAAGACGAUUAGAAUAUUACAUUUUAAAAUGUAAUUGUUGAGGACGUAUGUGAAUAUUUAAAACACAAUGAAAUAACAUAUUAGAUGCUAGAUGCUGUGAUUUGA